GUUUCAUCAGUUUUCCAAUCAUUUGAUUUUUGGACAUCCAUUCAAGCGAUUGAUCGCAAAGUCUUAUAAAAAGCAUUGAUUUUGAGUCAAGAAUUCCUUUCAAAUAAAGUUUUCAUAACUUUUAGUCAACUUUUUGUCACAAAUUUUUGGCAUUUAAUUAAUUUUCAGUGAUAGUCAUGUCUUCAUGCAAUCCUCACCACAAGAAGUGCUGUCAAGACUCGGACGACGAGAAGGACGGACUGUCAGCCCAUGAGUUGUUUGGUUCGGGCGAUGGACUCACCUAUAACGACUUCUUAGUACUCCCCGGAUAUAUAGACUUCAGCGCCGAAGAUGUGGAUCUCACCACAAACCUCACGAAACGCAUUCAACUUCGUGUGCCUCUCGUGUCCUCACCCAUGGAUACCGUAACCGAGUCUGAGAUGGCUAUUGCUAUGGCUUUAUGUGGAGGCAUCGGAAUCAUUCACCACAACUGUACCGCUGACUACCAGGCCUCGGAAGUACUCAAAGUUAAGAAAUACAAGCACGGCUUCAUUCGGGACCCCCUGGUGUUGGGGCCCAACAACAAGGUAUCUGACGUACUGACCAUCAAAAAAGAAAGGGGUUUCGCCGGCAUUCCGGUGACAGACACCGGCAAACUCGGCGGUAAACUCCUGGGAAUCGUAACCUCGCGCGACAUCGACUUUAAGACUCAAGACAUUCUGAACGAACCCCUGUCGGCGGUGAUGACCAAAUCGCAGCACCUGGUGGUGGGCGUCGACGGCAUUACCCUUCAGGAUGCGAACGAUAUACUGGAAAAGAACAAGAAGGGAAAGUUGCCGAUUGUGGACCGGGAUAACCGACUGACGGCACUCAUCGCCCGGACAGACGUCAAGAAGCACAGAGACUAUCCGUUGGCGUCGAAGGACGAGAACAAACAGCUUCUGGUGGGCGCCGCCAUCGGCACCAGAGAUAGCGAUAAGGAAAGG